CCCACCUCUGCCCCCAUAACACCAAAAAUCUCAAUAAAUAUUUCUUUCUCUUUCCUCUAUUUCUCUCUGCUCAACAAAGAAACAAACAACCAGAGGACUGCCAAAUCCAAAUCCAAAUUCCAAAUUCCAAAUUCACCAUGAAAAACCUCAACCUUAUCGCCCCAUUUCAGAUUCUCUCUCUAGUAAUCUACCUUUUGCUCUUCCAAAUCCAACAUUCUUCUUCCUCAUCCUCAUCGUCUUUAACCGCACAUCAAAUGCUUGUUUUGCCUCUCAAAACCCAAAAAAUCCCUUCCAUUUCUCUCCCCAGUAAACUCCCCUUCCGCCGCAAUAUCUCCCUCACGGUCUCUCUCUCAGUCGGCACGCCGCCGCAGAAUGUGACCAUGGUUCUUGACACCGGCAGCGAACUUACCUAUCUCCAUUGCAACUCCACCUCUUCUUACCCUGUUUUCAAACCCACAAAUUCCUCUUCUUUUUCCUCAAUCAGUUGCUACUCACCCAUCUGCACAACCCGAACCCGGGAUUUCUCCGUUCACCCAUCCUGCGACCCGAAUAACCUAUGCCACACCAUCCUCUCCUACGCAGAUAUGUCCUCGUCUGAAGGAAACCUCGCCACCGACAUUUUCAGACUCGGAGGAUCCGAAUUACCUGGUACAAUAUUCGGAUGUAUGGUUUCGGGUUACAGUAGUAACCCACAAGAAGACUCGAAAACAACUGGGUUAAUGGGUAUGAACCGUGGCUCACUCUCUUUCGUAUCUCAAAUGGGUUUCCCCAAAUUCUCUUAUUGUAUCUCCGGAUACGACGUUGCCGGAGUUUUACUUCUCGGCGAUACAAAUUUCACUUGGUUGGCUCCAUUAAAUUACACACCUUUAGUUCAGAUUUCAUUGCCACUUCCCUACUUUGACCGGGUUGCUUAUACGGUUCAGCUAGAAGGAAUUCGGGUGUCGGAUAAAUUACUUGCGUUACCCAAAGAAGUAUUUGAACCAGAUCACACAGGAGCGGGUCAAACAAUGGUUGAUUCGGGUACUCAGUUUACUUAUAUAUUAGGGCCGGCUUAUGCUGCUUUAAGAACCGAGUUCUUGAAUCAAACAAAUGGGAUUUUACGUGUGUUUGAGGAUUCGAAUUUUGUGUUUGAAGGGAGUAUGGAUCUUUGUUAUCGGUUGCCAAACUUGCCAUUGAUUGAAACUGUUUUGCCCCGGCUGCCGUCGGUGACGUUGGUUUUCCGGGGAGCGGAAAUGAGUGUUUCAGGUGAACAGUUAUUGUAUCGAGUGCCGGGGAUGACGAUUGGGAAUGAUUCCAUACAUUGCUUCACAUUUGGAAAUUCUGAUCUUCUUUCAGUGGAAGCGUACAUUAUUGGGAAUCAUCAUCAGCAAAACGUGUGGAUGGAAUUCGAUUUGGAGAAAUCGAGGAUUGGAUUGGCUCAGGUGCAAUGUGAUUUGGCUAGUCAAAGAUUCGGUAUCAAUAAGUAGAAUUAAUAUCCGGGUUGGGUUCGAUUUCAUCUAAAAACGCUUGAAAUAUCGUCGGGUUUACGACAGAUUGUGGCGGUGUUCGUGUACUACUCUAGUAGGGUAUAUCUGAAGAGGAAUCAUGUCUGUGUAUCAGACGGCAGCUAUUGCAAGAUUGAAGAAAACAUUAACUCUACUCCACGUGAUGCAUGUGAAGACAUAUUCUUAACUUGAUAAAUAAAUAAAACUGACAUAUUUAUGUUUUUGGCAUUGUAUUUUAUUCCUUUUUAUCUUUUUGUAUACCUAGUAAUUUAUUUAUUUUAUACUGUAUAUGCAUUUACUAUUCUGUGUGA